AUGGGCAAUUUACCGACAGCCAGAGUCACGGAGUCACGCCCAUUUACUAACGUAGGCGUCGACUACUGUGGUCCAUUCUUCGUUAAAGAAAAGAAAUUUCGGAACCGUAGCCGCGUCAAGGUCUAUGUCGCUGUUUUCGUGUGCCUUGCCAUAAAAGCCGUCCAUCUGGAGGUCGUAAGUGACCUCACAACGGAGGCUUUUUUAGCGGCCCUACGAAGAUUCAUCGCCAGACGUGGAUGCUGUCGACAUAUUCACUCGGACAACGGCACAAACUUCAUCGGUGCCAAUAACGCAUUGAAGGAGAUAUAUGAACUCUUCAAGUCGGAAGUGCACCAGAAGACAGUCCAGUCGUGGUUGACAACAAAGCAUAUUCACUGGCACUUCAUCCCUCCCUUAUCACCACACUUUGGAGGCUUAUGGGAAGCAGCUGUAAAGUCCUUCAAGUAUCAUAUGUAUCGGAUCAUCACGGACGAGCUGCUCACCUUCGAGGGAUUCAACACUCUGGUUAUCGAAAUUGAAGCUGUGUUAAACUCUCGACCGCUGGCUCCAAUGUCUUCCGACCCUAACGACUUGUUGGCUCUUACUCCUGGCCACUUUUUGAUUGGAGAGUCGCUCACCUGUCCAAGGCAACAAGACUUCACUGAUAUUCCAACGAAUCGGCUGUCAUCAUGGCAGCAUAUUCAAAAAUUGAAACAACAUUUCUGGACUCGUUGGCAUCGGGAAUAUAUCAGUGAACUCAGCCUUCGAUCCAAGUGGAGCAAGGGAAAACAUCAUAUUCAGGAAGGCACAAUAGUGCUCUUGAAGGAAGAUAAUCUACCCGCCCUCCAGUGGGCCCUGGGACGUAUCGUCAAGGUAUAUCCAGGGGCCGAUGGCAUCAUCCGUGCUGUCACCGUCAAGACAGCCAAGGGACUCCUCGACCGCAAUGUGAAAAAACUUGCUCCAUUGCCGAUCAUCAACAAUCAAGCAGAAUAA